UCCUUCCCACUCUGCGGCUGCCGUCACCCACCACACCGCGCUUGGUCCACGAGGCCGCGCAUUCGCUCGAUGGCUCGAUCCGUCCAUUCAGAUCGGGACACUUCUACUAGAUAAUAGUAUCGCGCGCGUUACAGCACACGCGUGUUUUUCCGCAUUUACCGACAACAAAGGAGCCCCGAUCGCGACGGCAGAGCGGCAAGGAGGAGCCGUUGUCGUCAUCUCGCAUCCAUGGCAGACCAUGAAGUCGUCCAAGCAAAAAGUAGCUGGAUUUGGGGAUGGUUUAGCUGGUCUGGAUCGUCUUCAACUAUGUUACGUGCUGCGGAGAAGAAGAUUCUGUCAUGCUUGAAAACGGCAUAUCGAGGAUGGUUCGUUGAUAUUGGACCAGUUGUAGGACCGGCGGAUAAAAUAUGGACCAUUUCGUUGAACGAAGAAUCACCAAAGGUCCCAAUUGUUUUAUUACACGGUUUAGGAGCUGGGGUAGCAUUAUGGUGCUUGAAUUUAGACGCACUUGCAUCUCAAAGACCAGUGUACGCCAUAGAUAUAUUAGGAUUUGGCAGAAGUAGCAGACCUGUUUUUAGUAAUGAAGCGCAAAAAGCUGAAGAGCAGUUAGUACAUUCUGUGGAAGAAUGGAGAAGGGAAAUGCAGCUAGAGAAUUUUGUAUUGUUGGGUCACUCCAUGGGUGGCUUUCUUGCAGCAUCGUAUGCUAUGCAAUAUCCUGAAAGAGUAAAACAUCUUAUAUUGGCUGAUCCAUGGGGCUUUCCUGAGAAGCCAUCCGAUACUGUUGCCAAGACACACGUACCAUUCUGGGUUAAAGCCAUAGCGUUUGCAGUACAGCCUUUGAAUCCUCUGUGGGCAGUUAGAGUUGCUGGACCAUUUGGACAGUGGCUCAUUGAAAAGACAAGACCUGAUAUUGUGAAGAAGUUUAUUCCCGUACUGAAGGAUGACACUGCUGUAAUUUCGCAAUAUAUACAUCAAUGCAACGCACAGACGCCUUCAGGCGAGAGCGCGUUUCAUGCAAUGAUGCAUGGUUUCGGAUGGGCAAAAAAUCCAAUUGUUAAACGAAUGGAUAAGUUAAACGAUAAUAUACCUAUAACGUUACUUUAUGGCAGUAGAUCAUGGGUUGACAAUUCAGCUGGUGAAACAAUUAAACAGUACCGGUCUUCCUCAUAUGUUAAUGUUCAGGUAAUUACUGGAGCUGGUCAUCAUGUCUAUGCAGACAAAAGUGAAACCUUCAACAAAUAUGUAUUGGAAGCAUGUGCCUUAACGGACUCGAUACCUCAAUUAACAUCGUCAAAUGUACGUCUCUAUAAACCUAUAAGUGAUCAAGAGAUAGACGUAAAUUUACCCAAAGAAGCACUUGAUGAACAAAGAUCAGAGGAAAAAAACCUGAAUACAGAAUCAAAGAUUUAAUCAAAGUUUAGUGUGAAAUAUUCUCAUCAAAAAGGACAUUCCAGUUCUGUUAGCUGGUACAAAGAAAUAUAUAGCAAGCAUAUAUUGUGAUGUAAGAAUGCCGCGAGAUAUAUUGGAUAUACGAAUGUAUAUUUGUGUCGUAACGCAUGAGGUUUACGUAAUUUAUAAAUGUAAUAACGUAAAAGAGCGCGUAAAUUAACAGACAUUGGUCACGUAUUAAUUGAUUGACUGUAGAUACUAAAAGAUAUCACGAGAUCAUUAAUAUAAUACUUUAUUUUCACUUUUGGAAAUUAUGACGAUGUAUUACUGCAAAUGCGCGGAAAAUAUUAGAGGAAUAGUGUGAUUUUGCCAUAAGUAAGAUUUAUAUUAUUUUUAUUUGUCGAUUAGAUGUGCAAUUGGUUAAGUUAUUAUAUAACGUGUUAUAAGAAAUUUACACCAGUCAAAAGGGAUCAAAAGUAUGGGGUGUAACUACAUAAUGGAAGUGUGUACAUUAUGUACAGUCUUAACUUUACUAACACAGGCCAUAGUAGUGUCUAGUGAAAAGUGAGCAUUCUUGUUAUUGUUAUUAAUUGUAUUAUUUCACAGCUGUAGCAAGAUUUUAUGUAUAUUGUACAAU